AAUUAUUAAUUACCCAUAUAUACAUUCGCAUUAUAUAAUUUAAAAAAUCAUUCAUAUUAUUGGAGCAAUAUGUAUAUUGAAGAACUUUCUAAUCGUCACAUACUUACACCUCCUUUCCACUUAUGGCUAGAACACAAAGUUAGACUCUAUAGCAACUCUUCAGUUAGCUCUCGCUAUAAUUUUAAACGUUCGGUUCUCUGAUACGUUAAUAAUCGAUUUCGAAGUACUGGAAAAGAUGCACGCACACACGAGCGCAAACUCGGCUACCUUGCAAUCAAUGCCAUCAAACUGUUGUAAACAGUCGUUUUCGAACUAUCUACGAACAUGCAUCUCUUCGUUCGAGAUCAAACCGAUCAACCGCGAAAUCUGAAUUACGAGAAAGACAUCGUUUACGUGACCAAGCAUAAUAAAUGGAUUUUGAAUUCCAUCGGUAUUUGGCCAACUGUAUUAAAAGGCAUCGAUGAAUAUUUACCAAAAAUUGCAAUUGGACUCAAUAAUUUAGUGUUAUCCUUCACCGUGAUCCAAUGUGUUCUACACAUAUUAUUGGAGCAAAAGGAUCCGAUACUAAGACUGAAAAUCCUCGGUUUAACUUGCUUCUCUUUCAUCUCAUUGAUGAAGUAUUGGGUUUUAACGAUGCGCAAACCGAAAAUCAAACAUUGUAUAGAAGAGAUACAACACGAUUGGAAACAGGUAGAAUUCGAAAGAGAUCGAAAAUUGAUGUUAAAAUACGGUAUGAUAGGCCGAAAUUUGAGCAUGUACAGUAUUGUUUUUAUGUACAGCGGUGGCAUAAUUUAUCAUACGGUUAUGCAUUACAAAGUCGGAUCAUACGUCGAUGAAUAUAAUCGUACGAUUAAACUGCUGAUAUAUCCUACAUACAGUCGUUUUUACGACGUUCAAAAAAGUCCAAUUUAUGAAUUAGUUUACAUUCUCCAAUGCAUCUGUGGAUACAUGUUCGAUACUGUAACAGUUGGUGCGUGUGGCUUGGCUGCGCUUUUUGCAACGCAUAUUUGUGGACAGAUUGAUAUAGUUAUGGCCAAAUUAGAGGAUUUGGUUGAUGGAAAAUUUUCGAAAGAGAAUUCAAAUCCGAACAUACGACUGAUAGAAAUUAUCGAACAUCACAUAAAAAUUUUAAGAUUUUCAACAAUGGUUGAGACAGUACUGCAAGAAGUGUGCUUUUUAGAAUUCGUUGGUUCCACUUUUGUAAUAUGCUUGCUUGAAUAUUAUUGCAUUACGGAUUGGCAACAAAAUAAUACAAUUGGUCUAACAACAUAUUCGUUAUUAUUGAUAUCUUUGACGUUUAAUAUGUUUUUAUUAUGUUACAUUGGUAAUCUUCUGAUAGAAAAGAGUACUAAUAUUGGAAUAGUAUGUUGCAUGAUCGAUUGGUAUCAAUUACCAAUCAAGACAAUUCAAGGCCUCAUCUUAAUGAUCGCCAUGUCGAAUAGUCCGGCGAAAAUUAACGCUGGUGGAAUAGUUGAUUUAUCUUUAUCCACUUUUGGAAGUGUUUUAAAAACAUCAUUUGCAUAUUUAAAUUUCAUCCGAACUACCAUCGUUUAACAAUUAUUUCAUUGUUUUUAAUAAUUAGA